AAAUAAGGGGAAAGAAAAGAGAAACUCCAUCCAUAUAUAUAUGAAGGGAACCGAUGAAAAAAAAACUUUCACCAAACGAGUAACAGACACUCCUGCUUUAUACACAACCCAUAAAUCAUUCUCGAUCAAACCCCAAAACCCACUCUUGCUUUCUCCUUCUUCUUCUUGAAUUAGUUCUCUUGCAUAGUAGUUUCACAGAAAGAAACUCUCUUUUGCAGAGAAAAGUUUCCAACUUUUAAAAGAGAGCAUAUAUAUAAAGAGAGAGAGAGAGAGAAAGAAAGAAAUGGAGAUGGAGAGUAGAGGUUUGAGUUGUAGAGAGACAGGGAGAAAAGAGUAAAAAGCAUUGUAUAUUCUUUGUCUAAUGGUGGUACAACUGAGGAAGAAGAAGCAGUGGUAUUCAUUGAAGGGUGUUGUUGUUUGUCCGUUUUACCCCUUUGUUUUUGGUCCACCUCACCAACCCAUAUUGCCAUCUUUACCAAAAAUUCUAAUUCUUUACUGGAUUAUACUUCACAGCCAUGAAUAGUUUGCGGAUUUUUGCUCAGAUUUCUCAACUCUUGCUAUUUUUCACUCCAAUUGCCUCUCACAGGGCACAAGCGUUUACUGGAACUUAUGGAAUAAAUUAUGGGAGAAUUGCAGAUAACAUCCCUUCACCGGAUGAAGUUGCUGCUCUACUCAGAGCAGCAAAAAUAAAGAAUGUCAGGAUAUACGAUGCGGAUCACAGUGUUCUCAAGGCCUUUAGUGGUACUGGACUUGAAUUAGUAGUUGGACUUCCAAAUGGAUUACUUAAAGAUAUGAGUGCGAAUGAGGAUCACGCGUUGACCUGGGUUAAAGAAAAUGUGCAGUCUUUCUUACCUGAGACACACAUUGUUGGAAUUGCUGUGGGAAAUGAAGUCUUGGGUGGGGGUGAUUUAGAAUUAUGGGGAGCUCUUUUGGGUGCUGUGAAAAAUAUAUAUAAAGCUGUAAACAACCUUCACUUAGCUGAUGUAGUACAGAUUACCACUGCUCAUUCACAGGCUGUUUUUGCUAAUUCUUACCCUCCUUCUUCAUGUACGUUUAGAGAGAAUGUAGUCCAAUUCAUUAAGCCACUUCUGGAGUUCUUCUCCGAGAUUGGAUCUCCUUUCUGUUUAAAUGCAUACCCAUUUAUUGCCUAUAUGAGUGACCCGGAGAAUAUUGAUAUUAAUUAUGCCCUUUUUCAGUCAACACAGGGGAUUUAUGAUCCAAAAACCGAUCUUCAUUAUGAUAACAUGCUUGAUGCUCAGAUUGAUGCUGCUUAUGCAGCUUUAGAGGAUGCUGGAUUUAAAAAGAUGGAAGUUAUAAUAACAGAGACAGGGUGGGCUUCACAUGGAGAUGAGAAUGAAUCUGGUGCCUCGGCAAUUAAUGCAAGAACAUAUAAUUAUAAUCUGCGAAAAAGACUUGCAAAGAAGAAAGGAACACCUUUCCGACCGAAGAAUGCUGUGAAGGCAUAUAUUUUUGCAAUAUUUAAUGAAAAUUUGAAGCCUGGACCAACAUCUGAGAGAAAUUAUGGACUAUUCAAGGCUGAUGGCACCAUUUCAUAUGACAUUGGGUUUCAUGGACUUGAUUCUUCAUCUGCGGAUUCAUUGUGUUUAUCUUCGAAGGAUAUUCCAGCUCGAAGCUGGUCUCAAUGGCACUCCUUAUUAUUACCAGUUUAUGCUACAGCACUUCUUUUGCUUUUGAGAUAAGAAAAAUUGAGGAUUAGUUUCUGGAAUAUAAGAUAAAAAAAUUCUCUUUCCUUUAAAUUAGGCACCAAACCAGGCUCAAUGUGCUCUUUAAAUGGUACCAUUUCAUAUCUCAUUUCCAAAUUAAAGUACCAAUAGAACAAUAAUUAUUGUAUUUCUUGAAAUAUAUAAGAAAUUGUUGAAUAGGUUUUAUUCAUCUCAGCAAAUGCAUUUCCAUUUUUUUACAAGUACAGUUUUUGACAUUUCUGUUCAUUAUAAAAUAAGGGAUGAUGCUACCAUAUUCUACA